AUGAGCACCAACAGGGCCAGUUGGGUCUAUGGUUUGGGUCUUCCGGAUCUACGCAUUGAAAUGCAAUUGGGCCCAGAGCCUUCCUUGGCAGAGAUGCAGAUGAAGAAUAGACCAUCUGUUCACCAGAACGCGGCAUUCGUCAGGAGCCUAAACCAUCAUGCGGAGGCCAGCAGUUCUUAA